AUGGAGGCGGAGGAGGGGAAUGUUGGUAAAAAGAUAAAGAUUGGUGUAUGCGUAAUGGAAAAGAAGGUGAAAUGCGGCUCCGAGAUUUUGGAAAGACUACAAGCAUUCGGAGAAUUUGAGAUUCUGCAUUUUGGUGACAAGGUAAUUCUUGAGCAUCCAAUAGAGAGCUGGCCAAUAUGUGAUUGCUUGAUUGCCUUCCAUUCCUCUGGGUAUCCCCUUGAAAAGGUUGAAGCAUAUGCUUCAUUAAGAAAGCCUUUCCUUGUGAAUGAGUUGGAGCCACAGCAUCUUCUUCAUGAUCGAAGGAAAGUAUAUGAGCGUCUUGAAAUGUUUGGAAUACAUGUUCCAAGAUAUGCCCUCAUAAAUAGAGAAGUUCCAUAUCAAGAGUUGGAUUAUUUUGUUGAGGAAGAAGAUUUUGUUGAGGUUUAUGGUAAUCGUUUUUGGAAGCCUUUUGUGGAGAAGCCAGUUGAAGGUGAUGACCACAGUAUAAUGAUAUAUUACCCUAGUUCAGCUGGUGGUGGCAUGAAAGAGUUAUUCCGGAAGGUUGGUAAUCGGUCUAGUGAGUUCCAUCCAGAGGUUAGAAGAGUUAGACGAGAAGGCUCCUAUAUAUAUGAGGAAUUUAUGCCAACAGGGGGAACAGAUGUGAAGGUUACUGUAUCAGCAUUGUUGAAAAAUUACUGGCCAAACUCUGUUAGCAGUUACAGUCAUGCUAUGGUGUAUACAGUUGGCCCAGAGUAUGCACAUGCAGAGGCAAGGAAGUCUCCUGUUGUUGAUGGGGUUGUUAUGAGAAAUCCUGAUGGCAAAGAAGUCAGGUAUCCAGUUCUGCUUACUCCUACUGAGAAGCAGAUGGCAAGAGAAGUUUGCAUUGCGUUUAGGCAAGCAGUUUGUGGGUUUGAUCUCUUGCGUUGUGAGGGGCGUUCAUAUGUCUGUGACGUGAAUGGAUGGAGUUUUGUAAAGAACUCCUACAAGUAUUAUGAUGAUGCCGCUUGUGUUUUGAGGAAGAUGUUUCUAGAUGCAAAAGCUCCCCAUCUUUCAUCCACAAUUCCACCAAUUUUGCCAUGGAAGGUCAAUGAACCAGUUCAACCUUCUGAGGGACUAACACGUCAGGGAAGUGGGAUUAUAGACACAUCUGGGCAGUCCGAGGAGCUACGCUGUGUAAUUGCUAUUAUUCGUCAUGGUGAUAGAACUCCCAAACAGAAAGUGAAGUUGAAGGUUACUGAGGAAAAGCUGUUAAAUUUGAUGCUGAAAUACAAUGGGGGGAGACCUAGAUCCGAGACAAAACUCAAAAGUGCAGUACAGUUGCAAGAUUUGUUAGAUGCCACACGAAUUCUAGUACCGCGUGCUAGAACUGGUCGGGAAAGUGAUAGUGAAGCAGAAGACAUUGAGCAUGCUGAAAAACUUCGUCAAGUUAAAGCAGUUCUUGAGGAGGGGGGACAUUUCUCUGGCAUAUAUCGGAAGGUUCAACUCAAGCCAUUAAAGUGGGUCAAAGUUGGAAAAAGUAACGGUGAAGGUGAAGAAGAACGACCUGUUGAAGCCCUAAUGGUUCUUAAAUAUGGUGGUGUUCUUACGCAUGCUGGCAGAAAGCAGGCUGAAGAACUGGGCAGAUAUUUUCGAAACAAUAUGUAUCCAGGCGAAGGUACCGGCCUGCUUCGCCUCCACAGCACAUAUCGUCAUGAUCUUAAAAUAUACAGCUCGGAUGAGGGUCGCGUACAGAUGUCUGCAGCUGCAUUUGCCAAGGGCCUCCUGGAUUUGGAAGGACAAUUAACACCAAUCCUGGUUUCACUGGUUAGCAAGGACUCUUCUAUGUUGGAUGGACUUGACAAUGCCAGUAUUGAGAUGGAAGAAGCAAAGGCUAGGUUGAGUGAGAUAAUAGUUUCUGGAGCAAAGUUAUUUAGCAACAGACCAUCUGGAAAACCUUGGAUGGUCGAUGGGGCUGGACUUGCGUCAAAUGCUUCUGAUCUUCUACAAAAAUUGGUCAAAUUGACUAAGAAGGUUACUGAACAAGUGAAACUGCUUGCUAAGGAUGAGUAUGAGCAACUUGCAGAGACAGGCUCAUAUAAUGUAAUUCUUCCAUAUGAUCAAGCAAAGGCACUUGGGAAGACAAAUAUCGAUGUAGAUCGUAUUGCUGCCGGAUUACCUUGUGGUAGUGAGGGAUUCCUUCUGAUGUAUGCUCGGUGGAGAAAACUUGAGAGGGACUUGUAUAAUGAAAGGAAAGAACGUUUUGACAUAACACAAAUUCCAGAUGUUUAUGACUCAUGCAAAUAUGAUCUCUUGCACAAUGCACAUCUUAAUCUAGAAGGGUUGGAUGAACUCUUCAAAGUUGCUCAGUUACUUGCAGAUGGUGUUAUACCGAAUGAGUAUGGGAUCAAUCCAAAGCAGAAGCUAAAGAUUGGCUCAAAGAUUGCUCGCCGUUUGUUGGGCAAAAUUUUGAUUGAUCUGAGAAAUACUCAGGAAGAAGCAAUUAGUGUUGCCGAAUUAAAGGGUAAUCAAGACCAACACUCAACGUUCACCAAAACUGGGACAGAGGAUACAGAUUAUCAGUCAAAGACUGUCACUAAGAAUGAAGAUGCAAGUGAAAAAUCAAUGGAUCAGGAUGAUGAUGAUGAUAAGGAGACCAAAUACCGCUUGGAUCCAAAGUAUGCUAAUGUGAAGACACCAGAACGACAUGUCCGGACGCGCCUUUACUUUACAUCAGAAUCACAUAUACAUUCCAUGAUGAAUGUCCUCCGUUACUGCAACUUGGAUGAAUCUCUUCAAGGGGAGGCUAGCCUUGUUUGUGAUAAUUCUCUGGAGCGCUUGUUCAGAACCAAGGAGCUUGACUACAUGAGUGGUAUUGUGUUGAGGAUGUUUGAGAACAUAGAGGUGGCUUUAGAAGAUCCAAAAAGGUUCCGCGUAGAGAUGACUUUUAGUCGUGGUGCAGAUUUGUCCCCGUUGGAGAAGAACGACAGUGAGGCUGCUUCAUUGCAUCAGGAGCACACAUUACCGAUAAUGGGUCCAGAGAGGCUGCAAGAAGUGGGGUCAUAUCUAACAUUAGAGAAGAUGGAGAAGAUGAUUCGCCCAUUUGCCAUGCCAGCAGAAGAUUUCCCCCCACCAUCAAUCCCCCAGGGAUUCUCAGGCUACUUCUCCAAAAGUGCAGCAGUGUUGGAACGCCUGGUAAAUCUUUGGCCCUUCAACAAACAUGGAGCUGCUAAUGGGAAGUAAUAAGUAACUUCACCUUUUUCUCUUCCUUUUUUGUCUUUUUUUUUUGCUUUUUGUGGCAUUCAUAUCCUCGGCUGCUUGGACAAAGCAAAAUGAGUUUUGAGGUUCUCUCAAGGAAUUUUGGAACAAUUAACAAACUUAAUUAGGAUGAACAAAAAGAAAUUGAGUGUUGAGGUCGCUUGGAGGAAUUUUGGGACACAUAGCAAAUCUUAACAAUAGGUAAAUCUGGAGGAGAGCCAUCCUGAUGAUGAUGCUUUAACUCCAGAAAAUCUUAACGCCAACCUCUUUUAGCAUUCAUUAGAAAGUGACCCUAAGACACUUUCAAUUGUCCAAUGUUCCAGAUCGCUGUUGCUAUUAAUACAACUAGUUUCUAUUUGAUAAUGCACGGAC